GAGGAGGAGGAGGAAGAGGAAGGGCGGCCGCCGCCGCUCGCCCUCCUCUCCCCCCUCGCGGUGCACGCCGGGCGGCGGGCGGCCAUGUCGCGGCUGUGGAGCUGGCGGCGCCUCAGCGCCCCGGCCCGCCCGCAGAGAGUGGAGCAAGCCUCCGAGUAUGCCAUCUCUGAAGCUUUUUCCCUUCAAGAGCCGAGGUAUCCUCAAGGGCUGUGUGGUCCUGUGACGAGGCUGGAAACUGUGGAACAGCUGCAAGAUCAUGAUGAGGCCUGUAAGGAAGCCCGAGAGCUGCUCAGUAACUGGAUGAAAUCCAAACUGCAACUGGAGCUGAUGAGCAAUGGAGAAGCCGAAGUUGGCUCUCUCCUCCCGGAAGAUCCUUCUACAGCCACUCCGAAGUACGAGCGGUUUGAAGACUUGUGCAGCUCUCUGGAACAUGAAUUGGAAAGUUCUUCUGCCCAAGAAUACCUACAGCAUCUUUUGCAGAGCGAAGUUGUGAACUGCAGGAUACUGGAAGACCUCAGGCUUGAAGACACGGAAGGAAGACAAAAACUUGCAGAUCCACGAAUAACCAUGGAGCUCAGACACAAGCAGGUGAAAGAAAAUCGACUGAGGCGUCAGAAGGCGUUAGAGCUGCAGAGGCGAGAAAAGGCCCUGAAGAAAUCCAUUCUGUCUGAGGCCAAGCUCCAAAUACAGGAGGAGGACAGAAGGAAGGCCCUGAAGGCCAAGAUGGAGGAGGAGGAGAUCCAGAGGGAAAUGGUGAAGCUGCGAAAGGAAAUGGCUGAGAAGAGGCAAACCAUGGCAAUAGCACGGAGAAUGGAGGGGAAGAGUCAAGAAGAAAGCCAGAAUCUGUCAGUGCAGGAGGUAUCUAUUACUGUGUCACCGCCCCUGCACCUGGAGAAAGAAGAGCAAGAAAAGGAGAAACAGAGAAGGGCUCAGGAGCUGCUGAUCAAGAUUCACACCAACAAACAGAGAUGCAUGCAGCGACAUUUCUCUGCUUGGUACAAGCUCAUUCUGGAACACAGAAUUAAAAUGGGGAAAGCCACAGCUCUUGCUGACUGGAAAUGCCAACUGAAGGCCCUGCGAGCCUGGAGAAACUAUACUUGGACCCAGAAAGCACAGCAGGAGACACAGCAACUGGAAGUCCACCUCCAAGACCAAAACAGGAAAAACCAGCUGUCUGCAGAGCAUAAUCGGCGGCGGCUUCUGCGCUGCUGCUUUCUAGCAUGGAAGCGCUGGAGCCAAGCAGAGACAGAGAAGCGAGAGCUGCAGCUCAAGAGGGAGGAGACAAAGAGGAAGAUGGCACAGCUGCUGGAGGUGGUGUCACUGGGGAAGGGUGACCUGGACGGGCCACAGGAGGCUAGCAAGCCUCGGACAGCAAAAGUAAACCAGCAUCAAGUUUUGCAGCAAGACAAGCCAACUGAAACAUGCCUCAUACAGGAAGAACCCGACCAGACCAGAGACCGCUCUUGUUGGGAUGCUGCUCACACAUCUCAUUCCUACAGAAAACCCAAGUUUGCCUGGCAGAUCACCCUAAAAGAUGCAGCCCUGAAUGCCCAGGACCAGGCUACGUACAGGAAUCAAAUAGCCACUCUCCCCCAGCAGUUUCAGGCACCCAGUCCCAAGACAACCCCUGCUUAUGGUAGUUGUUUUGAGCACCGUUACGCCUUCCAGCAACGUCUAAUUGAGGAGCAGAGGCAGCAGCUUCAGAAACAGCAAGAGCUGAUCCUUGAACUGCAGGAAAAUCAGAGGCUGAGCAGAGCUAAAGAAGAGGCAGCACAAGCCAUGGCAGUAACCCAGGCACUUAACAACCCUGCUUCACAAACCAGGGAGUUAAAAAUGGAGAGCGGAAGACAAUCCAAAUGCAAUACCACCCCUUUGAGCCUGCCUGUUUCUCAUAGGUCCCAGAACACCAGGGCAGUGACACGAGGCAAGAGGCCCUCCACCCAGCUGACCUCAGCUCAUCCCAUACUGAAAGCUAUGGAGGAGAGAGCAAUUCAGCGGGCAGAACGGAGGAGGAAAUUAGAAGAAGCCAAACAACAAAGAGAAGAGGAGAAACUGGCCCAGAUGAAGGCUGAAGAGGAAGCACGUCAGAAGAGGGAGGCUGAGGAAAAGAAAGCUCAGCAGGAAAAAAGACGGGAGGAGAGGAGGCUACAGAAGCUGAAAGAGCUGGAGAAGCAGAGGAGGCUGGAAAGAGAACAGGAGCUCCGGAAAAAGGCCAGAGAUCACUAUGAGAAUGUCCUGAUGAGAAAAUUGGGAAUGGUGCCAUGGAAGAGGCUGAGGGAGCAAGCCAAGGAAAACUUGGUGGUGGCCGAGAGGCACCACUGCCUGGGCCUGCAGAGGAAAUGCCUGAUGACUUGGCUCCAGCAUACCCAGAGCAGCCUUUCGGAGAAGGUGUCUCGGGCUGAGGACUUCCAUUCCCACAUGUUGCUCAGACAAAGCUUCAGAAACUGGCUAAAGUACAAGGAUUAUCUGUCCAGUCUAGAAGAGAGAGCAAAUACCCUCCAUGCAGCCUGCCUCAAGAGGAAGUUCUUCUGGGCAUGGUUUGACUUGGUCAUGGCGGAAAAAAACACCUUAAGGGAGAAACUGAAGAUUGCUACUGAACACAGUGACAAGAGACUUAUGCUGAAUGCAUUCAAGGCUUGGAGGCAGUACCCCUUACUGAUGAAAAAGGAAAGAGAGAGGGAGGAAAGGAGGAACCAGCUACGAAGGAGAGUAGCUGAAAUUCUCCCCGACUUCCAACUGUAACAGAAGAAACUGGCCAGACCAACCCAAGUGCAUAUGGAACCUACUUUGAUGAUUUCACUUUGACUUGAGGGGGCUCUUGCCCACAACGUCCUCCUGGUGUGAAAUCUCCACUGGGUCGU